GCGGGGACUGUGGCGCGGGGUGGAAGUAGUGGGGUAGGAACCGAAAGAGGCACGCGACACGCGAGACCCUCCCGGCCACACCUCUCCCUUCCUUCCCCAGGUCUGCCCUAACGGAGUAGCUCCUGAGCGACGGCGCGGGCGGGCAGCUGGGAUCUGCCCCCCUCCUACACCGUCGUACCCGCGCGACUUCUCCCAGCCCGCGGAGGCCUGGCAGGGAGGAGCCGGGCCGGGGGCGGCCUGGCAGGAAGCGGCGCUUACCUUCCGCUGCAGGAGGAGCAGGUGGCUGCAGUGCGCGCCGAGGCCCCAGGCUUCCUGUGCUCACCCGCCGCUACCGUUUCUCGUCGGAGCUCCUUGGGCCACCCGGCCGCCGGGCCGGCCGCAUGGCCCAGACCCCCGACGGCAUAUCCUGCGAGCUGCGAGGCGAGAUCACCAGAUUCCUGUGGCCCAAGGAGGCAGAGCUGCUGCUGAAAACCUGGCUGCCAGAGCGGGAGGGUGCUGAGCAAGGUCAUGUCCUGGUAUGGUGGGGGCAGAGGCUGGGAGGGCCACUGGGGCCCCGGCAGAAAGAGGCUCUUGCCCUGCCCAGGGUGUCAGACACUCUCUCCCCUCAGGCACUGCUGCGAUGGAGAGCCUACCUGCUCCACACCUGCCUUCCCCUGAGGGUGGACUGCACGUUCAGCUACCUGGAGGUCCAGGCCAUGGCGCUGCAGGAGACACCCCCUCAGGUCACCUUUGAGCUGGAGUCCCUGCCUGAUCUGGUCCUGGAAUUUCCUGGUGUGGCUGCCCUGGAACAGCUGGCCCAGCACAUCGCUGCUGCCAUCAGGAAGGUCUUCCCUUGCUCCACCCUUGGGAAGCUAUUCCGGAGGCCCACGCCCCCCUCCAUGCUGGCUCGGCUGGAGAGAAGCAGCCCCUCAGAGGCCACCUCGCCCAGCAGCCCCUGUGGUGGCUUUUCGGAGACAUACGAGGCUCUGUGUGACUACAAUGGCUUCCCUUUCCGAGAGGAGAUUCAGUGGGUGAGAGUAGGGCCCUCUCUGGAGGCUCUGGAGACAUCUGAUCCCCCAUGUGCUUUGAGUCCCUCCCUAUGCCUUGUAUCCCAAGUAAGUUGGAGGUACUUUCUUCCCACCCAGGAUGUGGACACCAUCUACCAUCGUCAGGGCUGCCGCCAUUUCAGCCUAGGCGACUUCAGCCAUCUGGGAAGUCGGGACCUGGCCUUGAGUGUGGCCGCCCUGUCUUACAACCUGUGGUUCCGGUGCCUCUCCUGCGUGGACAUGAAGCUGAGCCUUGAGGUCUUGGAACAGAUUCUGCACAUGAUGAGUCAGUCAUCCCACCUGGAGGAGCUGGUGCUGGAGACCUGUGGCCUGAGGGGAGACUUUGUCCGGCGACUGGCCCAGGCCCUGGCAGGGCACACGAGCUCCGGGUUGCGGGAGCUCAGCCUGGCGGGGAACGUGCUGGAUGACCGAGGCGUGGCUGCACUCAGCAGACACCUAGAGCAUCAUCCUGGAGCCCUGAGAAGACUCACCCUGGCGCAGACUGGGUUGACACCGCGAGGUAGGUGGGCUGAGGAUGGCUGGGGGAGGUGGAGCUGGGAGGUGGGGCAGCCUGAUUGUGAGCCCCCUCCUCCACCACCAGGAAUGAGGGCUCUGGGCCGGGCGCUGGCUUUCAAUGCAGCCUUUGACUCUGCCCUAACCCACUUGGACCUUUCUGGGAAUCCCGGGGCACUGGGGGCCUCAGAGGACAAUGGGGGCCUCUAUAGUUUCCUGAGCCGUCCUAAUGUUCUGACGUUCCUGAAUCUCGCAGGCACUGACACCGCCCUGGACACUCUCUUUGCCUCGCUGUCCCGCGGCUGCUGCGCCAGCCUCACCCACCUCGACGCUUCGAGGAACGUGUUCUCCCGCACGAAGUCCAGGGCUGCGCCGGACGCGCUGCAGCUCUUCCUCAGCCGCGCCGGGACGCUUCGGUACCUGUGCCUGGCGGGCUGCAAGCUGCCGCCCGACGCUCUCAGGGCGCUUUUGGAAGGCCUCGCGCUCAACACACACAUGGACGACCUGCACCUGGACCUCAGCGCUUGUGAGCUGCGCUCCGCCGGCGCUCAGGUGAUUCAAGACUUAGUGUGCGACGCUGGCGCAGUGAGCUCCCUGGAUCUGGCGGAUAAUGGCUUCGGCUCAGACAUGGUGACUCUGGUGCUGGCCAUCGGGAGGAGUCGGUCCCUGCGACACGUGGCGCUUGGAAGGAACUUCAACGUCCGGUGCAAGGAGACCCUGGACGAUGUCCUGCACCGGAUUGUUCAGCUCAUGCAGGAUGAUGACUGUCCCCUGCAGUCUCUGUCCGUGGCUGAGUCGCGACUGAAACUGGGCGCCAGCGUCCUGCUCCGGGCCCUGGGCGCCAAUCCUAACCUGACAGCUCUGGAUAUCAGCGGCAACGCCAUGGGGGACACCGGCGCCAAGAUGCUGGCCAAGGCGCUUCGGGUCAACACGAGGCUCCGGUCUGUGGUCUGGGACCGGAACCACACGUCUGCUCUGGGCCUGCUGGAUGUGGCACAGGCCCUGGAGCAGAACCGCAGCCUGAAGGCCAUGCCUCUGCCACUGAACGAUGUGGCCCAGGCACAGCGCAGCCGCCCUGAACUGACAGCACGUGCCGUGCAUCAGAUCCAAGCCUGUCUCCUGCGGAACAACCGCGCAGACCACGCUUCUACUGACUGUACCUCCCACCCGAAGCCACUAGGUCUGGGGUCAGACCCCUCCGAACAGGAAGUGAAUGAACUAUGUCAGUCGGUGCAGGAGCAUGUGGAGUUGCUGGGCUGUGGGGCUGGGCCCCAGGGUGAAGCUGCUGUGCACCAGGCCGAGGAUGCCAUCCAAAACGCCAACUUCUCUCUCAGUAUUCUCCCCAUUCUACAUGAGGCUGGGAGCUCCCCAAGCCACCAGUGGCAGCUGCGGCAGAAGCUGGAGGGCCUCCUGGGACAGGUGGGCGAGGUCUGCCGCCGGGACAUUCAGGACUUCACUCAGACCACACUGGACACCACAAGGAGCCUCUGCCCACAGAUGCUGCAGGGACCCAGGUGGAGGGAGCAGCUAGAGGGGGUCCUGGGAGGCUCAAGGGGUCUCCCAGAGCUGCUCCCAGAGCACCUGCUGCAAGAUGCCUUCACGAGGCUCAGGGACAUGCGCCUGUCAGUCACAGGGACCUUGGCAGAGAGCAUUGUGGCUCAGGCUGUGGCGGGUCUCAGUGCAGCCCGGGAUCGGCUGGUGGAGAGUCUGGCUCAACAGGCAACAGAGGCAACGCCCCCUGUCAUACCGGCACUAGAUGGAGGCGAGCCCAGCCCCCUUGGGCCUGGGGAAUUGGAAGGUCUUUUCUUCCCUGAGGAGAAGGAAAAGGAGAAUGAAGAGGAGCAGAAGGAUGACAGUCCUCCACAGAAGUGGCCUGAAUCCAACCGCUGUCUUCACCUGGUCCCCUCCACUCACAGUCAGGGCCCAGGGAAAGAGAGCUACUCAGGUUGGGCUGAAGUUCCAUUAGACCUGGACACCUGGACACGUGCUGCUGAGGAACCAGAGCCGGAGCCCGAGCUGGCGGCUCCGGGGGAAGAUGCAGAGCCGCAGGCGGGGCCAUCUGCUCGUGGCUCUCCGAGCCCCGCCGCCCCUGGGCCCCCGGCCGGCCCAUUGCCUCGCAUGGACCUGCCACCCGCCGGGCAGCCCCUGCGCCAUCCGACCCGGGCCCGGCCGCGGCCACGGCGCCAGCACCACCACCGCCCGCCGCCGGGGGGCCCCCAGGUGCCCCCAGCCCUGCCGCAGGAAGGGAAUGGGCUCAGUGCCCGUGUGGACGAGGGCGUGGAGGAAUUCUUCUCCAAAAGGCUGAUCCACCAGGAUCGCCUCUGGGCCCCCGAGGAGGACCCGGCAGCCGAGGGGGGUACCACCCCUGUCCCCCGUACACUUCGAAAGAAGCUGGGCACUCUCUUUGCCUUCAAGAAGCCUCGUUCAACACGUGCGUCACGGCCUGAUCUAGAGACCAGCCCUGGGGCAGCUCCCCGCUCUCGAAAAACCACACUUGGGGACUUGCUUCGGCCACCAGCCCGUCCUGGCCGUGGUGAGGAGGCUGGGGGGGCUGAGGGGGGCACCAGCAGCCCCGACCCUACCCGCAGGAGUCGGCCUCGGUACACUCGGGAAAGCAAGGCCUACUCCAUGAUACUGCUACCUGCUGAGGAGGAGGAGACAACGUUGGGUGCCAGAACUGACAAGCAGCCCCUGGAGCGGGGAGACACAGAGCUGGCCCCAACCUUUGAACAGCGAGUACAAGUGAUGCUGCAGAGGAUUGGCGUGAGCAGAGGCAGCGGGAGUGCCGAAGGCAAGAGGAAGCAAAGCAAAGAUGGAGAGAUCAAGAAGGCUGGCUCGGAUGGUGACAUUAUGGACAGUUCCACAGAGGCUCCUCCCAUCUCGAUCAAGUCCCGCACCCACUCUGUGUCUGCUGACCCUUCAUGCAGACCUGGUCCAGGGGGCCAGGGGCCCGAGUCUGCCACCUGGAAGACACUAGGGCAGCAGCUGAAUGCAGAGCUCAGGGGCCGUGGCUGGGGUCAACAGGAUGGUCCAGGCCCCCCCUCCCCUUGUCCCAGCCCAAGCCUCCGAAGAGCCAGCCCCUCCCCAGACAGCCUGGGCCUCCCAGAGGAUUCUUGCUUAGGCUCCAGGAAUGAAGAUGGCCAGCUGAGGCCGAGGCCUCUCUUGGCGGGUCGACGAGCAGUGUCUGUGCAUGAGGACCAGCUCCAGGCCCCUGUUGAACGGCCCCGGCGGCUGCAGCGCUCCCCUGUCCUCAAGCGCAGGCCAAAGCUUGAGGCACCUCCAUCUCCAAGCAUAGGAUCUGGCCUCGGAGCCGAGCCUCUACCCCCACAGUCUACAGAGCCCUCAGACCCUGAGCGGAGCCCACCAUCCCCAGCCACAGACCAAAGAGGCGGCGGCCCCAACCCCUGACCUUCUCCUUUCCUGCCGCAUGAGAUUAUUUUAUUAAAAAACUUAAAGGAA